GGCCACCAGGGCUCACUCUAACCAAUGACUAAUACAGCGAAGAAGAAAAUCCAUGUUAUUGAAAUGCAGCAAGAGCAUAGCCUGAGCGGCAGUGUCAGGGUAUCAUUGUAACGAUAGAAGUUAAACGAGUUCACAUAUUAUAGGUUAUUGGUGAUAAACCGCUUUUGCAAACCAGCUAAAAUAUAAAGGGAGUUUCGUGGGUAGCUGUGUUGGCUAUAUAACUAAACUAACGUGAGCCGACCGCAAAGGGAUGGUAGUGAGUGAGUUAGCUGGCUAGCUAGCUGCUGUUGCUUUACUGUUACUGUAUCCAAGCCGCAAUCAUGAGUGAAGAUGACAAUUCAGCUUCUGCAAACAGAGACAGAGACUCGACUCUCCUGCUCACUAAAGACGGACAGAGGUACUACGUGAGUAAGAGCGGAGUGGUCGACAGCAGAAAUGUGAUAACGCCGCACGAACCGGACAACAACGCCUCCUCCUAUGACAUGGAUGAUAUGGACGAGGAGAGCGAUGUUCUGGACACUUCGGACCCCAGAGACAGCGCCGCCAGCCCGGAGGAACUCAACGACGAGGAGACCUCGGAGGGUGACAGCGCCCCCAAACAGUGCACCUAUGACGGGUGCACGGAGACCACGACGCAGGUGGCCAAGCAGCGGAAACCCUGGAUGUGCAAAAAACACCGCAACAAGAUGUACAAAGACAAGUACAAGAAGAAGAAGAAUGAUCAGGCCAUGUCUACUGGAAAAAUUGAUGAAAACUCAGAGGAGAGGCCUGUAUCUGUGAACAAACAGCGUCUGGGUGCCAUGGGGGACCGGCCAACCAGACCCUCCCUUAUAGAGCAGGUCCUCAACCAGAAAAGACUGUCACUGCUCAGAAGUCCAGAGGUGAUCAGCUUCCUGCAGCAGCAGCAGCAGCUCCUGGCCACGCAGAGCCGCAGCCAAGCACAGCCGCAGUUCCCAGGCUGUUGACACUGGGCGGUUUUACCUUAGUUAUUGUGAUGCAUAGAGCAUCGAAGAAACACUGGUACGACAUUCUUAAAUCGAUGGUAACCAUACACUGUAUACAUGAAAAUCCCCCGCCCUGUUUAAGACAGAAUAACAAUGUGAUGUUUUUAAGGUGUGAUGAAACUGCUGGACUAAACUAUGAAAUGGCAUUGGAAAACUGAUCUAAAUCACUCAAAAUAUAUGAAUUUCUAACCAUGUCUGAUGCUAUUUCUCUUCACCCAUUGUCAUUUUAAUAAUCCUUCUUCAUGUAGUAUUAACAGUGAAGGCAUUGUAUUAUAAUUAUCCAGUCCAAGUCAUUCAGAUGUAGAAAGCCUGAGUCCAUCAAAAGUACCCUAAGUUUAUUUAGAUUCUUCUGUGAUCAUUUUCUUUUUUUGCUAAAUUAUUACUUGUUUUCUCUUGAAUUAGAUGGGACAAUCAUAUGUGUGAUGCAUGUCUGGAACCUCCUUUUAAUGACAUGUGGUUUUCAGGAUUUGUUUUAACCCAAGAUUGUAUAUCCCUGUUUAUCUGAUGCUGUGGCACAAACAGUAAAUCCAAACUGUACAAAAAGGAAAACGAACCAUGAUUGGUGGGGUGAAUGCUUGUAAUCUUAGCCCUGUUGUACUGUAUGUUUUUAAGUUGAAGUGUAUAUCCUGUUGUGAAUAUAGGAGUAAAAUGAGGAAAAAUG